GACUCUUGGGUAAGUCUACGCAGCAAAAGUAUAGGAGAGACUCAGGUGCUGAUACUCCGUAGCCCGACUUCUUUCGCCAAAACCUCCGCGAUGUAACUCUAUUCCUUCCAAGGAUGUGCCGCCCAGUGUUCCGAUCUCUUCGCGGUGAACAACACGGCCAGAACGGACUCGACCUCAAUCUUACGAACCUCGAACUGGUCGCAGGUAUGAAGUAUUACCUCUGUUCCCUGCGUGGUCUUCUCCGAGAAGUUCGCGAAGUAAAGAUCAGACCCGAUCGUGGACCUAAUCCCGUGGUGAAUGCACAAAUUGAGCGAUGGGCGGCGUCAUGGAGACUGGUUGAACCUCCGACGCUUGAGCUUGGUCUCUUGAGAGGUUGUAUGGCAGCAACAGAGGACAUAGAGUUCCUGGAGCGUAUAUUGAAUGGUGAAAUCGAUCCAAGGGGCGGUAUAUUGUCAAGGCGCACACACCAUACUGGAUCACCCCUGCGGGCCGCGGGUAGUGGUGAAGAGCAGAGGCCAAACCAGAGGACAGAAGGACCAGGGCGGUCAAAUGAGGGUCCAGUGGAAGGUCGGUUUGGAGGACAUUUCGACGGCAAUGAGCUCAUUCUGGAUUACUUGACGUUUGUUAUACCUCGUACUGAGUAGAGGCUGGGUUGAGAACUUGAUUUGUGACAGCCAAAGCUGAUGAUACGUCACUUUAAGGGCAUGUCUAGGCUAACGUAACAACCCACAAGCAAUAUAUGAGCCUCUAUUGCCUCUUUGUUGUUCAGCCGUGUGCCCUAGGGUCUCCGGUCGAGACCUUUAUAUUUAUGGCUGACCAUAUCUCAGACCCUCAGCGGACCCGGAAUAGCAAAGCAAGC